AUGGCGCUGAGCGCGGCGGGCCCGGCGCUGGCGCUGCUGCGGCGCCGCCUGCGGCCCCCCGGGCCCGGCGCCCGCGGGCACGCCCGGAGCGGCCGCUCCGCCGCGCAGCCCGCGGCCCUGGAGCCGGGGGAAGAUGCUGAAGUCAGUACCAGAAAGAAGACAUUUGCUGAAGUCCAGACGGAACGACUGGAUCAAGCUGAACGGACUGUUUUAAUUAAGUGCCCAUCAAAACUUAAUCAAAAAAAAUUAUUGCAGUACUUAGCCAGUCAUGGGAAUAUUAAGAGUCAUUUCUUUUUUGAAAAUCGUGGCAUCAGUGCUUUAAUAGAGUUUUCAGAAAAGAGCAGUAUAGCCUCGUUGCAGGAUGCUGUUGGGAUCCCAAGUGCUUCAGAGUAUCAUGUUGUCCCAUUUAAAUCAAGACUUUUUACUUUCACACUGAAAAACCCAGUGAGUCAACACGUUGAAGACACACCACUUCACCUCUCUCCUCAGUGUCACAUUCCAGUGAAAGACCUUAUUGAAAAGCUUUGUCUCGCAGACAGCAUAAGCACUCAGAUGUACAUUCUGCUGAAUGAGUAUCAGCUUACAGAAGAAAAUAUCAAGCUGCGAUUUCUGGCCUGUUCUUUGGUUCAGGAUUUUGCCCGUGCAUAUUUCCCUGACAGCACGGUAAAGCCAUUUGGCUCUUCAGUCAACACGUUUGGCAAACUGGGAUCCGAUGUGGACAUGUUUUUGGACUUCCGUGAUACAGGAAAGCAUGCUACAAAAAUGAAAAAAGGUCCGUUUGAAAUGGAGUAUCAGAUGAAAAGAUUACCAUCGGAAAGAUUAGCAACUCAGAGGAUUCUUUCUGUGAUUGGUGACUGCCUCGAUAAUUUUGGUCCUGGGUGUGCGAAUGUACAGAAGAUCCUCAAUGCCCGCUGCCCUCUGGUGAAAUUUUCCCAUCAGCCAACAGGAUUCCAGUGUGAUCUGUCAGUGAGCAACAGCAUUGCAAUAAGAAGUUCAGAACUCUUGUAUAUCUACGGCUGUCUGGAUUCCCGUGUACGAGCGUUGGUGUUCGCUGUGCGAUGCUGGGCCCGUGUUCAUGGGCUCACAAACAGUGCUCCUGGUACCUGGAUUACAAACUUCUCCCUGACCAUGAUGGUCAUGUUUUUUCUGCAGAGGAGAUCGCCACCUAUCAUUCCAACACUAGACCAGCUUAAAGAGCUGGCAGAUGAAAAAGACAAGCAUAUAAUUGGAGGAUAUGAUUGCUCAUUUGUUAGUGAUUUAAGGAAGAUUAAACCUACAAAAAAUACAGAAACACUUGAUGUAUUGUUGGGCGAGUUUUUUGAAUAUUUUGGAAACUUUGAUUUCAGAAAGAAUUCUCUAAAUCUUCGAAAGGGGAAGGAAGUAAAUAAGCCUGAGUUGUCUCCUCUUUAUAUCUGGAAUCCCUUUGAACAAGACCUUAAUAUCAGCAAGAAUGUUAAUCAGCCACAGCUGGAGAAAUUUAUAGCUAUGGCCAGAGAAAGUGCCUGGAUUUUACAGAAGGAAGAUAAAACUCAGCAAAUGAUCAAUAAAGAACCUUGGGGACUGGCAGCUCUACUGAUACCAUUUGGAAAAAAUAAUUCCAGCAAGAUGAAGAAUAGGAUGAAAGGAAUAGGAAGUGAAACAAUCAGAAGCCUCUUGGACUCUUUAAAGUUAAAUAAUGCAAGCAGUCAACAAAAAGCAGUGGGAAAAUGACUUUAAGAACAGAAACACAAUAUCUAAUAUUCUGUUUUAGGAAUUGAAUGUGAACAUUACUUUUAAUAUUUCUAUUAUGGAGAAUUGAGAAUCAAGCAAUCUCUGUUUUUCAUCAUAAUGAUUUUUGUACAGGUCUGCAUUCUUUCUGUACAUUUUUCUCCUCCUUACUCCUUACUUUUCCAUCUGUUUUAUGAAUGAAGAGUAUUCAAAUGUAAGUUUUACAGAUGCAUUUUGGAAGUAGCCUUCAGUUGGGCACUCUUCUGUAAAAAAAAAGCUGACAGGAGCAGUAUGGGAAAAAGCCUUUGGGAAUUCUCUUGGCUAGCAUACAAAUGAUAUGCUAAUUAAAAGCUCAAGAAACAACCACUUUUCCAUGAAACCACGGUCUGAAAGAAGAUAAAUGUUUUGGAACCAUUGUUUCCGAUCCAGUGUUUUGGAAGCCAGUAAAACCGAAGUGCAUGUAUCUAUUUUUGCAGUUGUUUUCCAUUCACGUAGAUAGUGCCAAGACAAAAUAAAGGGAAUGGAAUUAGAUAGUUGGGUGUGCAGUUUCAUAAAGCAUCGCACCACCACAGCUCUCCAAGGAUAGUGCCACUGUUUUGUGUUGGAAAAGUGGGUUUGCUCUUGUGUUUACCACCUGAUUUAAAAUGUCUUUAGUUAGCUCUCCUUUGUUUUCUCUACCCAGGACUGGUCUCCACCCACACUUGUUUCUUAUUUUGCCUUCAGCUUCACUUUAAACCUGUAUUUCAGGUUCAGGCAGAGGUUCUUGAAUGCCCUUCUUGCUUCAUCAUUCUCCCCAAAGCUGCUGCCUACCAGGUGAUAUCAAAGCAUUCCUGCACAGGGAUCUGUCCUAUGCAGAGAUCCAGAGAAUCACCCCAGUCUUGCCUGGGUUUUCAGACAUUCAGCAGAAGAGUGGCCAUCCCCCUCCCAGAUCAGCUGGGCCAACAGAGCCAAUGCUUUUUGCUGACUUGAAACACUGAGUGCUCUUUGCCACAAAAAGAAGUCUUUUCAGAGGAAGGCAGAGAGGGGAGGGAAGGAAGGAAAUGGGAAAUGGAGAGCAGGCAAAUAUCAAACUUUAAAAGUAAAUUUGUGAGUAUUUCACUGUCCAGUUUGAGAGCCACUCAUGCAUUAAACUAAAUGGUAGCACUGUUAGCAAUUCCUCAGAGUGUUUUCUUAACAGGAAUUCCAUGAACGAAAAUUACUGUAUUCAGAGAUAAUAAUAUAAAUGCAACAUUAAUUUAUGAUUACUGUUUCAUUUUCAGUACUUUUAGAUUCUUUAGUGUUGCACUGGUAUACAAUCUUGUGUAACUUUUUUCUAAUGGUGUGAUCUGAACAAUUUAUAAGUGUGUUUUCUCUUUUCUCUGAUAUAUUAUUCAUUGGAAAUACUGUGGGUAAUAAUAAUGCAUACUUCCAAAUACUUGUAAAAACUGGGCAAGGAAAAGUAUCUUCUAACGGUUGGCAAACUAAAAGGUUAGACCUUCAAGUCAAUUCCAUAAUAGUUUCUUCAGAGUUUAAAAUAAUACUUGUAUGUGUCCAUUUCUGAUUCAUAAAUGUUUUCUUAAAUAAUGACUCACAUAGUCAUUAUCUUGGUUGCUGAAAUUAAUUCUCAUAUUAACGUCUUCAAGAUUGAGCCUUGAUUUUCUACCUAAAUCCUGGUACUAGAACUUCUUUUUGGAGGCUAAUAUGAAGUUUAUUGUAACUUGCUGUUGAUGCAAACACAAAACCUUCGAUAGCAAGCUUGACACAGAUUCUGUAAGGAGCCUGCUGCUCCAUUAACCUUUACAAAACCUAGAGGUGCAUUGUCUGCACCACGAACAGACUAUGUAGCUUUUUGAGGAUUAGGGCAGUACUUGAGUACUUCAGAAUUUUCGUUUUUUAGAUUAACCAAAUGGGUAAUAGUGUAAUAAUAAGAAUAUGGGUUAUCAGGGACAGAAGCAUGCAGCAAAACUGUGGCAGUGUGUACCUAACUGCAUUAUAUUCACAAUGAUCCACUGACAUAGGUAGGAAAUAUUUAAUAGGAAUUUUGACACAUAUGUACAGGACACUUGUAGACAAAUAACAGUGAUUUUGUAUUUUGGUUAUAUGGUUGAGCCAUGCUGAAACACAUGCUUCAUUUGUAAGUGGUUAUAGAUGUUCAAGCUGCUUAGUAUCCUUAAAAGGCAGGGCAGAACAUGGUUACUGUACAUUCAGCACCUUUCAGCAUCACUUUUCUGUUUAGAUUGCCUGUCCCUUUUGGGCAUAGUUCUGAACCCUUGUCAUGGCUGCAGGCCAGUAUCUGAAAAGACCAGAAAGAAGCCAAAAGCAAUGUUGUGGCACUGGAAUGCACAGGUUAUUUUUUCAGAUAUCUACUAGUCGAGGGAGCUGGUGACCAGGGAGCUGAAGCCUAGAGGCUGCAAGGUCAGCUCUCUUUGGUGAGGUAAAUAAGCUCAGCAGGCAGCUUUCCUAGAAGAGGCUGUAGCUGGAGGGGGUGGAGGGCUGACCAUGAGUUUCCCUAAAGUAGGAGUUAUAUGUGGGGAAGAGCUGAGUGCAGCGGAAGCCACCUGUGGGAAGAGAACCAAGACUUGAGGGGGUGUAUUUUUGAAAUCAAGAGAGAUGGUAUGAUUAUCAUUUCCUGAGGGCAGCAGUCUUACAGUGAAGAUAUUUAGAAACCACCAAUAUGGUUCUGUCACUGAAAACAAGAGCUGGAUGUAUGUCAAGAAAGGACUAUGAUUAUGAUCUAGAUUUGAGAGCUCAUUCAUAUGCUCCAGAAACAUCUUAACAAUGUCCCUGCGAGAGCAAGGCACUAAGUUUAGUUACUUCUCAAACUUGGUGCUGAUCUGCUGUAUUGUAUGUUGGGGCUGUUUGGGAGGUCACAGGUAAGGAACACCACUGAAUUAAAGACAAUUUUGUCUCUCUGCCCCUUUCCCUCACUGGAAAUACUUUUUAGUGCAAGUCUCAUAUUUCCUGGCUCUUAAAUGGUAAGGGAAACUGAAAACAUUCAGAAGUUCCUUGUCCUGAGAAAAUAUGGUUUGGGAUAUUAACUUCAGAGUUAAUGUUUGUUGCCAGGGAUUUUAAUUUUAUUUUCCUAGAUGUUUGACGCUCACAAGUGUUGCAGGAAUAGAUUCUGCUGCAAUUGCCACUGUUCCUCAUUCCUGUAUAGCUUCCAGGGAAUCUGUAGCCUUGGCCUGCAGUUGACUCCUGGGUGAACAUCAUAGUGCCAUGCUUGUGAGGAUGCAGUCUCAAAAGACUUCUUGCUACAUUUUCUGUCUUGGGUUCUCUUAUUUAGACUUGGAAUCAUGGUAUAUUUCAGGCUGGGAGAGAGCUCUGAACCUAGUCCAGUUUCCUUCUUAAGUGGUAUCAGCUGUGAGAUCAGACCAGGACUUUUUAUCUAGUCAGACCUUGAAAAUCUCCAAGGAUGGAGAUUGCACAACCUGUUCUAGUGCUUGACUGUCUCCAUUAUUUUGGUGGCUGGGCUGAAAUAUGCUGCUCUAUCAAAAUGCUGUCUACUACAAGUGUUCAAGCUGCUCCUUUUUUUAGAAGGCCCCAAGUCUUUCCUUCUUUCCCUGUCUUUCCAGGAGGAGCACAUAUCCAUCCAUCACAUGCAAGCCCUCCUAUCGUAGCUGUUAUUCCCACAGCACAAAUAGUAUUAACACCACAAGGAGUUCUAACUCCUCCUGCUUGUUCCCUAGGCUGCCACACAUUUGUAUCUGUACAUUUUAGGUGAGUACCUGUUCAUAAUAUGUUAUUAUUCUUGAGGUCCCUUUUGUUCCUGUUAUCCUGUAUCCUUUUCUCUCAAUCCAUGUCCACAAUUGUGGCAUAACUGGGGGCUCUGGUUUUCCUCUUCUUUGUUCUAGCUGAUUGCUUUGAUAUGGCCACUGUUUGUAUCCAGAUUACAAAGUCCUCAUGACACUAAAUCCUGAGUAAAACUUAAUUCCUAAAAGACUCUGCAGGAAAAGAAGAGGCCUCAAGUAGCAGACUGGUGUAUUGCACUGGCAGAGAAGCCCCAGAAAAUACAGUGCCAUGCAGAGAUGGUGAUGCAGGUGCAGAAUCACCUCAGGGCACAGUGCUGUGGCUCUGGGAGCUUGUUGCUUCCACGUGUGCAGUAGUGUCGUACAGGAUGCUGCUGCCCAGCAGAGCUUGUCCCACUUGGAUCUGACACAUCUGUGGUGCUGUGUCACUUCUAAGUCCAGAACAGUCAGGCUCUCAGCCACCACCUCACUCUGCUCCAUGCUUGUGCUGGUCAUGGAGGAAUUAUGUUCUUAGAACAGAAAGUCUUCCCUCAUAGAAACAAAUCUGCAAGUUCAUUUUCUUUUACGCUCUCCAGAGGUACAGGCCAUGUUUUUGCUUAACAAAAUUUUGUACUUUGGAGAAAGAAAAGGUAGACAAAGAACCUCUAUUUAAUUUUGCAAACAAACUAGUGAAAGGUUCAUGACAUGUUCAACUGAAGAAAGUUUAAGGUUUCCAGCCUGGGCUGCUUUAGAGAUACGAUGAAUCAAAAAUUAGGAAGCUUUUCAAAGUAAAGUCAUAUUGUUCACUGGAAAGUUCUCUUCCAAAUGCUUUCCCUUGCUUAUCACAAAAUUACCACCAAGGUUCUCUUCUAGUACUAAAUUAAUCUAAACAUCAUGGGUAAAUUGGGGUCAGUUUGUUUAAAACAAGGGUUAGGAUUUAUUUGAAGCUAACCUGUGCCUGGAGAUAAAAUCUCCUUCUCCAUAAAUCCUCUUAGUUGAAAGUCUUGAUCCACUGCUUUUGCAGACCUGUUUCUCAUACUUUCCUUAAGCAGGGGAUUGGUUUGCUUUCUUUUGCAGGACCUGCCUGCUUCUUUUCACCCUUCCCAUUGUCUUUUCAUUGUAUCUGACCUGUAAAAAACAUAGUAUUUCACUUCCCAUAGUAUUUUGUGAAACAAUAGUGAAUACAGCUGUAUUCAAGAAACAGGUCAUUUUCAAAUCACAUUGCAAUGUGAUUUUUUUUUUACUUCUUAAUUUCUUGUGAUUUUUUUUUUUUUUUUUACUUCUUCAUUUCUUGCAUAGAAUGAAUCUCCACACUGCAUUUCCCAUGGCUCAUAGAGGGAUCAAUUAGCUGGACUUGAUGGGUGUCACCUUUAUUAAACAUGUAUUUUUGGGAAGUGUCCUCAGUAAAGAGACUUGUUUAACACAGUCUGUUAUAUUAGAAAGCAGAAGUUCCCUGCAAAUUUUUGCUCUACCCUUCAGGAUAAAUUCUGUUUUCCCUUGUUGUUAUGGGGAAGCCAUGUUCAAUUUGUUUCACAGAAUGACUUCAGUGAUAGGUUUUUGUUCCCAUGCUGAGCUUUCUUGUGCAUACAGAUUUGUAGUCAAUGUAAACAGUGCAGCCCUGUACAGGAAUUUUGCAUGGAACAACUCCCAGAAUAUGUCUUGUAGGUAUUAUGCUCACAGCCCAACAGGGGAGGUAGAAGCCCCAGAAAUUACUAAGGCAUAGCCUCUCAUUUGUGGUGCUGACUCCAUGAGAUGGAACAAUUUCCAUAAUUCUGUGUUUCUUUUUCUCAUGUUGGACAGAGGAAAGACAUUGCUUUUCUUCAGAGAAAAAGUAGACAUGUUAGAAGUUGGAUUGUUGGGAUAAACAGCCAAAGUACGUACAUUCUUUCUGAAUAUUUCUAUCUGAGGUUUGGUUUUCAAAACCCCUUCUCUAGGAGCAAUUUCUAGAGAUUUUCAGGACAAGAGAAAGAACUGGGAGAAUACAUAGAGGCUUUGUAGUUCAGGCAAUCAGAUAAAUGGUACUUACUAUUAGAUUAAUUAUCAAAAGUAAGUGCAUAGGCGACGAUAGCACAUGUAACAAUCUGACAAUAUCAAGUACCACUGUCUUGUCUCCUUGAACCAGUUUUCCUGCCUCAAUUUUCUGUAGUCCAGUGGGGCACUACUUUUAUAGAGGGAUGGGAUUUCAGAGAGUGUACUAUAUAGGAACUAUGGUAUCCAAUACAUGGGAGGGUGAGUACUUAGCUAUUGUAGUAGAUGAAAAGAAGCUUUACCAACUCCAUACUGAAAUAAGAUUCAGAUUUUUUUUUUUUAUUCCAGAAUUAAAAUAUAUAGAAUUGUUCGGUGAAUCCUUACAUGAUUCAUAGUUCUUCCUUUUUAAAAUUAUCUUUGGACACCAAUCAAAAUAGGGUUUGCUGUAAUUGCUUGAUGCCUGAGCUUGCAAAGUACGGUCUCAUUUGAAAUGAUCAUGAUCUGUUUUGCUGAGACAUUAAAGACCUUAGUGAUUACAGAUCUGCUCGAAACUGUUUAAGAGGGUUUGCAUUACAGUUGGCUUAUGAAUCUGGAAUAUUAUCAUUUUCAGUUAUCCUAAGAAUGCAAAUGCUUACAGUUAGCAACAGACUUUACCACUUCUGACUGUUACCAUUAGGCUGUUACAUUUUAAUCCUUCUUUUUACUGUAGACAGUAUUUUCAAUCUUUGAACUAUGUUGCAGCAAUUAAUUUUAUAUUUCUUCUAUGAGAUAAUAAAGAAAAACAUGUCCUUUGUAUCUGUUCAGUAAGUUAC